AUGGCUGUCUCUAGAUUAUCCGCCUGCGUAGCUAUGGCUGCGGCUGCUGCGUCCUUGCCCACGAUCGCCAACCGCGCCUACGCCGACUCUCCAUUUCGCUUCUCGCCUUUCUCUUCUUCUCAAGCUUCUCAGGAGGAUAAGUCUUCUGAUGACAAAUCAGACGCUAAACCCGCUGUUGAGGAGCCGAGUAAGUCUGGAUUUGAUGCUGAAGCAUUGGAGAGAGGUGCUAAAGCUCUCCGGGAGAUCAAUAGUUCUCCUAAUGCUAAACAGGUUUUUGAGCUGAUGAAAAAGCAGGAACAAGCGCGUCUUGCUGAGUUGGCCGCUGAAAAGGCCCAUUACGAAGUCAUUCAAUCUCAAGCUGAUAUAGAGAGACAAAGGAAAUUGGCUGAAGAACAAAGAAAUCUUAUCCAACAGCAAGCACAGGCAAAGGCACAGAUACUGCGCUAUGAAGAUGAGUUGGCCAGAAAAAGAAUGCAGACUGAUCACGAAGCACAAAGGCGACAUAAUGUUGAGUUAGUUGGAAUGCAAGAACAAUCAUCUAUAAGAAAAGAACAAGCAAGACAAGUAACUGAGGAGCAGAUACAGGCACAACAACGGCAGACCGAGAAAGAGAGAGCUGAAAUUGAGCGGGAAACCAUACGAGUGAAGGCUAUGGCAGAGGCUGAGGGUCGUGCACAUGAAGCAAAGCUGACUGAAGAUCAUAAUCGCAGAAUGCUGAUGGAACGAAUUAGUGGCGAGAAAGAAAAAUGGCUCGCUGCAAUUAACACGACAUUUAGUCAUAUUGAAGGGGGUGUUAGGAUUUUACUGACUGAUCGCAAUAAGUUGGUUUUGGCUGUUGGUGGAGCUACUGCGUUAGCUGCGGGAGUUUACACUACCAGGGAAGGUGCUAGAGUUAUCUGGGGUUAUGUUAAUAGGUUAUUGGGGCAGCCGUCACUCAUUAGAGAAUCCUCUGUUGCAAGAUUUCCAGGUUCCAAGAUAAUACCCUGGGUAAAGAACAAAGCUGUUGCAUUUUCUACAGGAGCUGGGGCUGCAGCCCUCGCUGAAAAUAAAAAUAAUCUUGGGAAUAUUGUCCUCCAUCCUUUACUAAAAAGGAGGAUUGAACAACUUGCUAGAGCUACUGCAAACACCAAAGCUCAUGAGGCACCCUUCCGUAAUAUGCUAUUUUAUGGACCUCCUGGGACCGGUAAAACUAUGGUUGCAAAAGAGAUUGCUCGAAAAUCAGGUUUGGAUUAUGCCAUGAUGACUGGAGGAGAUGUUGCACCUUUGGGCCCACAAGCUGUUACAAAAAUACACCAAAUAUUUGACUGGGCUAAAAAUUCAAGGAAAGGCUUACUGCUUUUCAUCGACGAGGCAGAUGCUUUUCUCUGCGAGCGCAAUAGUACACGGAUGAGUGAAGCUCAGCGAAGUGCUCUAAAUGCAUUGCUGUUCCGAACUGGUGAUCAGUCAAGAGACAUAGUUCUUGUACUUGCAACAAACAGACCAGGCGAUCUCGACAGUGCCGUGACCGACCGAAUGGAUGAAGUAAUUGAGUUCCCACUGCCUGGUGAGGAAGAGCGCUUCAAACUACUUAAGCUGUAUCUAAACAAGUACCUAAGCAAUCAAAAUAAGGCCACAUCCCAACAACUGUUUUCCUUCAAGAAAAGCCCCCAACAAAUAAUCAUAAGAGACAUAACUGAUGACGUGCUCCAAGAAGCAGCCCAAAAAACUGAAGGAUUCUCCGGUCGUGAGAUUGCAAAGCUGAUGGCCAGCGUUCAAGCAGCUGUCUAUGGUCGGCCAGACUGUGUUUUGGACUCCACAUUGUUAACAGAAAUUGUUGAUUAUAAGGUAACGGAGCAUCACCAAAGAUUAAAGCUUGCUGCUGAAGGUGGUCACCCAGCUUAGCUGAGGAAUUUGUUUUUUGUAAUAUCGCUUUGAGGGAAGAGAUGUAGUUUUGUGUUGAGUCUUCAUAGAGCCAACCUUUUACCUUAUUUUUAACCCAUUAUUUUCCUUGCAUACAAACUCUACAAAAAUUCUGUAGUUGAAAUAUUCAUUCACUUUACCCUCAGUUCAUGGGUUAAAGACACAAAAUUAGGAAUCUGGGUCAAUGGGCUUCCAGGCCCAAGGCCCAUUGAAGUUUGAUUCGAUUUACAAUUGUUCUUCGACAAUAAAGAUUCUUAAUUUAUCCAUAGAAUCAUCGAAGCUA